AUGUCGCGCGCGAGGUCGAUCGAGGGCGGCGCGCACGCGCCGAGCCUGGACGCCAAGGUCGCGAGGGCGUUCGCGGCGUUCGAUCACACGUUCACCGUGUGCGACGCGACGAGGGAGGAUUGUCCGAUCGUGUACGCGAGCGAUGGGUUCCUGCGGAUGACGCAGUACGGCGCGGACGAGGUGAUCGGGCAUAAUUGUCGAUUUUUGCAGGGAGAGGCGACGGAUGGGAACGACGUGCGCGAGCUGCGAGAGGCGAUUAAGCGGGGCGAUCGAUGGAGCGUGCGGUUGUUGAAUUAUAAGAAGGAUGGGACGCCGUUUUGGAAUUAUCUCGUCGUCGCGCCGGUGAAACUGGCGGAUGGGACGGUGGCGAAGUACAUCGGCGUGCAGGUGGACGUGACGGAGGUGAAGGACGCGACGACGGGCGAGCGAGGGAUCGAUUUCGAUGAGGAAGGGAUGCCAGUGCCGAGUCGCUACGACGCUCGCGCGGCAGCCGUGUCGCUAGGGCGCGUGAGCGAGGUGGAGAACGCGGUGCGAGCGGCGGAAGGGUUAUCUGAGGAUGGCGUGGACGACGCGGGCGCGAGGAAGGGACGCGUGGGUUUGGAUUUGGCCUCGACGCUCGAGCGCAUCGAGCAAUCGUUCGUCAUCACCGAUCCGUCGUUGCCCGAUCAUCCGAUCGUGUUCGCGAGCGACGGUUUCAUGGAUUUUACUGGAUACUCUGUGGAUGAAAUCUUGGGACGGAACUGUCGGUUUUUGCAAGGGCCGAAGACGGAUCGAGCGGCGGUGGCGAAGAUUCGUCAGGCGAUCGAGCUCGGGGAAGAGUGUACGGUGCGAUUAUUGAAUUACACAAAGAGCGGAAAGCAGUUUUGGAACAUGUUCACGUUGGCCCCCGUGCGUGAUGACCAGGGAAUUGUACGAUUUUUUGCGGGCGUACAGGUGGACAUCACCGCGCACGAUCCGAGCACCGAGGACGAGUCGAUCGCGGAGAUCACGUUCAAGGGCACGGAUGAAGAGAACAUAGCCAUAUCGAAGGGCGCGGCGAGUAUGGUCGCCGGUGCGACGGCAAAAGACAAAGAGUUCGAGCCACCGUGGGUGCGCAUGCACGGGAAAAUGCUCACGCCCAAGCCUCAUCAAAUUGAAAAUCGUCGUCAUUGGGAGGCGCUGCGCAAGGCGACGAACGAUGGCACCAGAGCUUUAACGAUCGACGACUUCGUGCCGGUAAAGCGCAUUGGACAAGGCGAUGUGGGCACCGUGCACUUGGUUACCCUCGCCAAACAGCAAGAUAUCACGUUCGCAUUGAAGAUUUUGACCAAGCAGGAAAUCAUCGACCGCAACAAGCUUCACCGUUUGCACACUGAGUCGACGAUUUUGAACGAAGUCGACCACCCAUUCGUGGCGACGUUGUUCGCGUCGUUUCAAACCGCGACUCACGUGUACUUUUUGAUGGAGUAUUGCGAAGGAGGCGAGCUAUAUGACUUCCUGCAAAAGAUUCCAGACAGGCGUCUGAGCGAAAAUGCGACGAGGUUUUACGCGGCGGAAGUACUCGUGGCGCUCCAGUACCUGCACUUGCUCGGAUUCGUGUACAGAGACUUGAAACCGGAGAACGUUUUGCUACGUCGUAGUGGGCACAUCGUUAUCACCGAUUUCGACCUGUCGUUUUGCGCGACAUGCAAACCGCACAUUAAUAUUCAACCUGGGAACCCGUCUUGGAUCGCCGGCGAGCGAGCCAACGGUUCCAAUCCCAUGCUUAUGGCGGAACCGUUCACAUUCACGAACUCUUUUGUCGGCACGGAAGAGUAUCUUUCCCCAGAGGUUUUGAACGGUACCGGCCACUCCGGUUCGGUUGACUGGUGGGAACUGGGCAUUUUCAUGUACGAGAUGGCGUACGGCACGACACCGUUCAAAUCGGCGACGCGAGAAGAGACGUUCAACAAAAUCUCGGAUGGGAAAGUGACGUUCCCAGAUGACGUUCCCAUGAGCGACGAUUUCAAAGAUUGUGUCGGUAAAUUACUGCAGCACGAUACGACAAAUCGCUUGGGCACGCUCGGCGGUGCCGAAGAAAUUAAGUCACACCCAUUUUUCAAAUCCAUCAAUUGGGGUUUGCUUCGUUGGGAAGUGCCCCCGAACAUUCCAAAACUUAAGCCUACGCGCAGUGCACCACCCCCAGCCAAGGAAGAACCGGAAGAGAUGUUCGAGAUCGAGGUGUAG